UCCUGCUGGACAAUCUUUUUUGAAUGUGCUUAAAAAAUGAUAAAUAUCAACAUAGCAGAUCAGCAUACUGUAAUUACAAGACUGUUAAGUUUAGUCUUUGUGUAAGUAUCCUACACAAAAAUCCAUAUCCACGACCAUAAAAAAUGGCGCCAAAUAGUUAAUGCGCAUGCGUGCUGGACGAAUAGCCAAAAUGUGAUGAGAUCUGGUGCCGGGCGAAUAUCCACGGCGAUUAAACAAACCAACACAACAGAAGGAAGUGAGUUCAACUGCCGUAAUCAAGCAAUGGCACAGGGAGGAGGAUUCAGCGGCACGGGGAAGCUGCGGCAGUUUAUGUGCAUUGAGUACCCGGGUCUUGUGAAAAACGUCGACAAGAUGCUCGAGACUCUUGGAGGCGUAGAGAAGAUAUCGGAGGUGUACUGUGAAGAUAACCGUAGGAUGGAGUUACGUUUCCGUCCUGAUGACGUCUACUGCAAACCCACCUGCGGAGAACAGCACAAUUCCACGGCCCUGUUGUUGCGCGUUGUCCGCAGAAAGAAAAAGAAGAAAAAACAAGAGGAGGCUGAUCCAAAGGUUCCAGAAGCAGUGGCCGGGAGCAGUUCCGAAGACCCCAACCCACCGGAGGGAGACUCAGACACCUCAGUGAGAUCAGAACUCAUAGGCGUUGUUCAUACUAUGUACAAAUUUAACAAUCUGUGCGACUUUCAGUAUGUUCCUGUAGUCAACACAGAAGACAGCCUUGCCCAGGAGUGUGUCUAUGACCAGCUUGUCCCUCAGGGGAUGGAAAAGGCCGACUGGCUUAACCGUCCUGCGCCCUUGUUUCUACCCCCAGCGGCUUUCACGCGCAUGGAUGCUCCACAAGACUAUCGAUACAGACGGGAAGCCAACAGUGACUCCAAGUCCCGAGUGCCGCAGAAUAUCAUCUGUCGGACACGUCAGAGGAGAACUCACUUUGCCAUCUUUCAUUCCUUUAAGGAUGAUGAAGUGCCCAAAGACCCCCUGCCGGGAGCAAUGUCACAAAUCCGCAUUAAGUUUAUGGACAACGCAUUCUAUCAGGGUCUCAAGGAGGAAUUUGAUAAGCGUCCAAUCUGGUCCAAAAAUGCCCUGCAGGUUUGGCUGGGAUAUUCCAAGGAUAAACUCAAGUACCUGCUCCCCACUCUCUCCUAUUACUUCCACACGGGGCCCUGGAGGAACCUCUGGGUGCGACUGGGAUACGACCCCCGUAAAGACCCCAACGCUUGGAUCUACCAGACCUUCGACUACCGCAUCAGGCAAGCAGGUCGGUGCGAGAGAGUUUUCGCUCUUGCCUCUGUGGAAGCUUAG